CGAUCAUUCCAUGUUCUGCUUACGGACACUGCGAGAACUCAAGCUCCUCAAAUUCCUCAGUGAAGCUGGUGUAAGGGAGAAUAUCAUUUCAAUUUUGGACAUCAUCAAGCUUCCCUCUCUGGACACUUUCAAAGAAGUGUGCCGUGCGUACAGAAUACAUUAUUCAAUAUUUCGUUUAUCAGAACCUGCUCGCACAUCAUGCUCUACAUUCUGAUGAUGUCAUCCACCGUGACCUCAAACCCUCCAAUCUCCUUAAUGCAAAUUGUGAUCUCAAAGUCUGUGACUUUGGGCUGGCAUGAUCAGCAAAGAUUGCCGAACCAUCAGGCACGGAAAUCGGGUUUAUGACCGAAUAUGUCGCUACAGGCUGAUACCGAGCCCCUGAGAUCAUGCUGACGUUCAAGCAAUAUACUAAAGCUAUCAACGUCGGUGGGGUGCAUCUUGGCUGAGAUGCUCUCAGGAAAACCAC